AUGCAGAGAAAGAGUGGUGAUGACUGGAACCGGCCAGUCAAGGAGGCCAGAAAUCGUUACAAUGUCGGGGAUGGCAUUAAAGGGGUGGGUCAUGUCAUCAACAGGAGAGGCAGCACAGAUGCGUCAACUGAGGUGUUGAAAGGCAGGGUGGAUGGAGAAUGUGCACCCGGCACGCAGAGCCUUGUCGUAAAAAAGGUUGUAAUCUUCACCAAUGGGAAUGAAGAGGGCAGUCCGGUUGUGGAGCGGCUUACCCUUUCCUCGAAGCCAUUGGCAAAGGUCGUCAAUGUUGGCGAGUUGCAUCGACUUGAAGUCCAGCUCCAAGUUUCUGCUGGCCCCACCGAGGGUGGAGAGCCAGAGCUCGGCAUCAUUGCGCAUUUGUAA